CAAUGCUUCGCCUCGAUGCAGCGGCGGCGGGCGGGCCAGAUCCCAGUAGGAAGUGGCCGUUCCCCGCCCUUCGCUGGGCUACGUGCCUUGGCUGUUGAUGUUGCAGCGCUGCUACCUUGGCGGGCUCCGGCCGAUCAGACCAUGCAGGGGCCCCGGGCUCUCCUCAGAGGAGUCGCGGCAGCGGCGCGAGCGGUCGGUGCCCAGGCUUCAUCUUUUGCCACAGGGCCAAGACAGGUGGAUGGCACAUUCUAUGAGUUUCGUACUUACACAAUUAAGCCAAACAAGAUGAAAGAUUUUCUGGACCUCACCACUAAAAACAUUCACCUUCGCACACUUCAUUCCCCAAUGGUCGGAUACUGGACUCUGGAAUUUGGGGGACUGAAUAAAGUUUUCCACAUUUGGAAAUAUGAGAGCUUUGCGCAAAGGGCUGCUGUCCGUACAGCAUUAACCAAAGAUCAAGAAUGGCAAGAAAAAUACAUCUCACACAUGCUGCCCUUGUUGGACAAACAAGAGAAUGAGAUUACUUACCUGGUCCCUUGGUGUGAAUUUGGCAGCUCUGAAAAAGAUGGAGUCUGUGAGUUGGUCACCUUCCAGAUGAAACCUGGUGGACCAGCAGUGUGGGGACAGUCCUUUAAAACUGCAAUUAAAGCCCACAUAAACAGUGGAUAUACUAAGUUGAUUGGAGUCUUCCAUACGGAAUAUGGACUACUCAACCGAGUUCAUGUGCUUUGGUGGAAUGAGAGUCCAGAUAGUCGGGCAGCUGGAAGACAUUAUGCCCAUGAGGAUCCUCGAUUAGUAGCAGCUGUUCGAGAAAGCGUUCAAUUCCUGGAAUCCCAGCAGAACAGCCUCCUGCUUCCUACAGUGUUUUCGCCGUUAAAAUAAAUAUAGUGCUUAAUGGGACAAAAAUUAUUUUUCAUUGCACUGAUAAGGGCAUCUCGGGGUUUUAAUAGUCCAGCUAUAUUUUUCCGUUUCUAAAAUAUGAUAAAAAUCUAAUCUCUCUUUUGGUAGCAAUCAUAUACCUAUUUCCCUUGCUGGAAAUGGGAAAUUUAAUCUCCGCCCAGUGAAAUAACAAUUCACUGAAUUAUGUCAUGAAAACGAACUUCCAUAAAUUCUCCUUCCUUGUAUAAUUAUAAACCUGUGAAAAUAAGUCUGUAAAAGGCAAAAAUGCAGUGCAGAGUGAUUUAAGAAAAGCAUAUUUUUUUGUUAAUUUUUCUGAACUACUGUACAUAUCGUGAAGGAUCUUUUCUAAAUGGCCUUCACUGCUCCAAAGUAUUAUUGUCAAGUUUUUUAAUGUACAUUUUGCUUCUCCUAAAUCAAAUGCUGCAUUACUCUAAGGUAACAUAUAUUUGCCUGCAAUUCUAGCUAACAUGGUCUGAAUUUUAUCAUUUAUGUUUGUUUACUUGUAGCUGUACUAGAACUGGACCAAAAAUGCCUUUGCAGUGGAACUUUAGUUGAAUGAAAAGUGUUCAAUAAAUCAUGAACAUGACCUUUUCUUUCAUUUCUUUUUCUUUCUUCCUUUUUUUUUUUUUUUUGCUAUAAAUAACAUGUAUGUCAGUUUCAGGUCCCUACUAGAUAUUCUUUCCUUUUCAAUCAUGGAAAAAUUGAAGUAAAUUUAAAAUACGUUUCAAGUAAAUUUUUCCAUGUAUUCAGAGCUAGCUCUGGCAUGUUCAAAUGCAGAAAUGGAAUAAACUGAUUUAUUCUGAGAGAGUCACUCGCAGUGGCAUAUUAUGUAGCAUACACAUUUUUGAAGCAAUCAUUCGAAUUGCAGUGCCUGAAAUGUAAUUGUUGACAUAUUGAAACAAUAAAAUGGCUUUUUGAAAUAUA